AUGUCUUCUCUCUUCCGUCUCUCUCCUUCUCCCCAUUUCUCUCUUCCUUCCUCUCUCUUCCUCCCUCCGGGUGGUCUAUCAUCCGAGUCCAUACCCAAAGAACCUUGCAGCUUCCACUCCAGUCUCAGAUGCACCGCCAUCUCCAAACCUCCAAGUCAAGGAUAUAGGGACUCUGCAGUCCAGGGAGGCUUGUCGACGUUAAAGUGGCGAGAGACUGUGAAGGAUGACAUAGACGAGGACCGAGCUUAUGAGGCUUGGGUGACCGAUCACGAGAUCAAACAGCGAGUUGAGGCCGUCAGAUCGAUAUUGCGUUCCCUGGGAGAUGGGGAGAUUACCAUAUCUGCUUAUGACACUGCAUGGGUCGCUCUCGUACCAGAUGUUCAUGGGAGUGGUGCUCCCCAAUUUCCUUCUAGUCUUGAAUGGAUCGCCAGCAAUCAGCUUCCUGACGGUUCCUGGGGCGAUGCUCACAUAUUCUCAGCACACGAUCGAAUUAUCAGCACUUUGGCCUGCGUCGUUGCGUUAAAAUCAUGGAAUAUCCACCCCGAAAAGUGCGAGAAAGGGAUGGCAUUCUUUAACAAGAACCUAAGCAAGCUUCUGGGUGAGAAGGCGGAGCAUAUGCCGAUCGGCUUCGAAGUUGCUUUCCCUUCGCUUCUAGAUCUGGCCCGGAGUCUGAACAUUGAAGUGGCAGACGAUUCCCAUGUCUUGAAAGAGAUAUUUGCCAAGAGAGACAUAAAGCUCUCCAGAAUACCAAGAGAGCUGAUGCAUAAAGUGCCCACAACGCUGCUUCAUAGCUUGGAAGGCAUGGCGGGGGUCCAAUGGGAGGAUCUUCUAAAGCUUCAGUGUGAAGAUGGGUCAUUCUUGUUUUCUCCGUCCUCCACUGCAUAUGCUCUCGCCCAGACUAAAGACCAAAAUUGCCUCAAUUACUUGAAUAAAGCUGUCACUAGGUUCAAUGGAGGAGUUCCCAAUGUCUAUCCCGUGGAUUUGUUCGAACAUAUUUGGCUGGUUGAUAGGCUGCAGCGCCUUGGAAUUUCGAGAUAUUUCCAGAACGAGAUCAAGGACUGUAUGAGCUAUGUUCAUAGACAUUGGACCGAGAAGGGCAUCUGCUGGGCAAGUAAUUCGAACGUACAAGAUAUCGAUGACACAGCAAUGGGAUUCAGAUUACUAAGAUUACAUGGCUAUGAAGUUUCGUCCAAUGUGUUCAACAACUUCGAGAGAGAUGGAGAGUUCUUCUGCUUUGCGGGGCAGUCAACGCAAGCAGUGACGGGAAUGUUUAAUCUGUACAGAGCUAGUGAGGUGGCGUUUCCGGGAGAGAAGGUUCUUGAAGAUGCGAAGCAGUUCUCAGCCAAGUUUCUGAGAGAGAAACAAGCGGCCAAUGAGCUCGUAGAUAAAUGGAUCAUUAUGAAGAACCUGCCUGGAGAGGUGGCUUACGCAUUCGACAUACCCUGGUAUGCAAGUUUACCUCGAGUAGAAACCAGAUUUUAUAUGGAUCAUUAUGGUGGUGACGAUGACGUUUGGAUCGGCAAGACUCUUUAUAGGAUGCCAUAUCUCAGCAACAAUAAGUAUCUGGAGCUGGCAAAAUUAGACUUCAACAAUUGCCAAGCACUGCACCUAAGAGAAUGGGCCAGCAUUCUGCGGUGGCACUCAGAGUGUAGAUUGGGAGGGUUUGGAUUAAGCAGAAAGGCUCUUCUGUUUGCUUUUUUUUUGGCAGCAGCCAGCAUGUUUGAGCCCGAAAGGUCCCAAGAGAGGCUUGCAUGGGCCAAAACCUCUGCCUUGCUUCACACAAUCACCUCUUAUGUCAAAGACGAUCCAAUGAGGAAAGCUUUUGUGAAUCACUUCAUCAACUGCACCAACGAACGUGACUACUCCAUUGCCUGGAGAUUAAACAGGAACAGAACAGAGGAAGGGCUCGUCGGAGCUUUGGUUGGAACCAUAGAUCAGCUCUCGUGGGACAUACUUGUGUCUCAUGACCAUCAAAUUGGCUAUGAUAUGUACCAUACCUGGCAAGAGUGGCUAUCAAAUUGGCAAAGUGGAGGGGACACGUGUCAAGGACAUGCAGAGCUUCUGGUAAAAAUAAUAAACCUAAGCGCUGGGAAUUGGAUUUCAGAGGAGCUGCUGUGGAAUCCUCGUUACCAACAACUCACUGAACUCACCAACGGGGUCUGCCGCAGACUCCACUGUUACCAAAGGCUCAAGAGUGGCGGCAGCGGCAUGCAGACACACCGCAUCACCACCUCAGGAGCAGAGUCAGAAAUGCAGCAACUUGUUCAGUUGGUGCUCCAGGAAUCUUCAAACAGCAUAGAUUCCAAUAUCAAGAAUACUUUCCUUAUAGUUGCAAAGAGCUUUUACUAUGCCGCUUUCUGUGAUUCAAGCACCAUCAACUUCCACAUCGCCAAAGUUCUUUUCGAGAAAGUCACUUAAAAUCGUCUCUGUCUACACUAGUCAUCGCCACCACUGUGUUCACA